UUCCUUUCAACUUAUAUACAAAGUACAAUAUUACUUUUAUAAAGAAGAUGAUUGAAAGUGACUUACAUUCUUACUAAACAAAAUGGAAUAUUGUAUUUGGUUAUUAUAAUGUUUUAUACCUUCUUCCUGGUACGAAGAAACAGGAAUGAAAAUAGAAUACAAAAGAAGAACUAUGAAGGGGUCAACAUUCUUCCUCGUUCUGGCGGCAGGAUUAGCGAACGCUCAAUUAAACUUUGAGGGUAAUCCACUGACUGAGAACACGGAAUACAAAGCCGAAGAAUCACGAUCUUCGGAAAAUACCGCAAGGCAGGAAACCACAGCAAAUGUGACGACUGUGGUCACGGAACAUUCCGUUCGGAAUGUCUAUCCGCUAGCCGAAUACGUUAAAAAUUCAUCGGAGAACAUUCUGAUGGAUCAUCAAAAGUUAACAGCUGAUCCAGAACAGAAAGAGAACUCUGUCGUUGUUCAAACAGCUCGACAACUAUCCUCGAAUACCUACAAUCCAGGGGCCACAUCCGUUAAUCCAGCAAUGGCAUUGAAUUCGUUUCUGAACUCUAAGACACCCGAAGAAUCGCGUCUGUCGUUGAAUCAUUAUUUGCAAAGCAGAGAAAUUUCUCAAAAUACUGCGGUUCAAGAGCAGACAACUGUACGAACAAUCAAUGACCAGCAACAAUUUAUGCCACGACUCGAUCAGCAAUCAGCUAUCGUAUCUCCGGUGAAUCAACAGCUGACCUCGCAAUUGAUGCAACAACGACAAAUGUUGCAAGCUUACCCUGUUAAUCAACAACAAUUCAACGAACAGAUGUAUAAUACUCCUGUGAAUCUUCAGGAUCUUCGUUCACCUCUGUCGAACACUGUAGCUACUUCUUUGAUGCAGCAACAAUUGUUGCAACCUUACGUAACCGGGUUGCAACCGAGAAACGACGUGUUCUAUCCUGCCGGAUGGCCUCAUCGCGUGAGAAGAGUACGUGGGAAACCAUUUCCCUAUGCACAAUCCAGAGGAGGCCCUGGAUUAUAUGGACCUCCUCCUCCAAUUCCCUUCAAGCAAAAAGGCCCACCUAUUGAGGUGAUCUACACGAAACCACCAGGAUUCCAUCGAGGACCACCAGCACCUCUCAGCAAUCCUCCAGUACCGUACGAGGAUGCCAGUGCCUGGUUCCCAGAAGCGCAUCAUCCACCAUCUAAAAAAGACGUAUAUUACUCUCAGCUCUAUGCCCAAUCCUACGAUCCUCACUAUUACAACUACAUCGCCAAAACGGGCAAGAUAAAGCCUCACCUGUACGGAAAGCUUGGCAAGUAUCGCGAAGAAGAGAGCGACGGAAUCUGGGCAGAAUUGUAUCGGGGUUUUAAGAAACACGGCCUGAAGAACAUCAUGACACCGACUUUUCUACUCGGUAUGACUUUACCUGUUGUCACUUUGAUGCUCACCGCUCUUGUGCAGAAGAGAUCAAUCUCGAGAUCCGAUUCGAGGGAGCUGUCGAAGGAGGACGCGAUUCAGGAAUACCUGGAACAAAUCCAAAGAGCCGUCGAAUGUUAUGAGAAGAAGAGGAGGAAGAGGGAGGCAAACGUAGACGGGUGUUAAUAUUAUCAGUCAGAUUCUUUCGAUUAACUUAUUAAACGUGAAAGGGUGAUUGAUAGAAGAGAGAAUGUAGAGUUAGGGAUGGGAUCAAGUUUCGGUACACGUUGACUUAGAAGUUAAGUCUCUUUUUGGAAGACUAGUUGGAUCCCAUCUCUAAUCGAGCGCACAAAUGCUGUACAUAUUUCGUGUAGUAUAAAUAAUAAUGAUAAUGUAACCAAUGGUUUAAAAAUAGAGAGUACUUUCUCUUGCGAUGCUUUCCUCGUAACCAACGACUUAUCAUGUGCGAUUAACUGUUUUAAGUUGUGGUAAAUAGCUCCGAGGUGUAUCGAUGAGAGUAGUAGGUGACAGUGAAAGAGUUGCUAUAUUGAUAGCGUCAGCGUGAGAAGCGAACUUUCACGGGUCAAUUACCUAUAACCCUGUUUGUAUAUCCACGUGCUGGUGGGUGUGCAGCUAGUGCAUUUAACCUGUUAACCAAGGGAAGACGAGUUAAUUCGUCGUUCGACUGAAAGGCACGCAGAGAGACUAAUAAGUAGCAUUCCAUUCAUUUUUAAUUAACACUUUAGAUAGAAUCUUCUUCGAAUUUUCAUUUAUAAUAUAAAAAAUGGACUAAUGAUUGGUGACAUUGGUGUUAAUUUUUUAUUAUUCGUUUCGAAAGUGAAAGAUGAAGAAAAUUCAUUAAACAAUGUACUAGUAAUGUUUCAUCCGUUCUCCGUGAAACUUUUACUUUUGCAGUAAACUACUUGACGACCUAAACUAGUACCGUCGAUCUACAUCGCGUUUGUAGUUCAAUUUUUGUUGUCUCUUUAUUAGAUGCAUGUACAAGCCAUAGUGGGAAAAAGUAAAACAUAGUUGAAACCUGA